UCAGAUAACACACAGCAGAGCAGUUUGUACUACGUUCUUGGAUCAAAGAUUGUAUUGAUUAUAUAUUUUCUGGAAUACAACUCUCUUUCCUACAGGGCUAAAGCCGCUAUGCACUGUCAAUACAUUCUACAGUUAUCUCUGUUAACUCUACUCUCCCUGCCAGGCACACACUUUUCAGGCACACAGACCUGGUCUGUUUGGUACCAUGACAGGGACAGGACUAACGUUAUCUGUGCAUCAAAAGGCUCAUCAGUGGUAUUUGCCUGUACGUACAGCUACCCAGAUACGAUGGAAGUUAGAAGAAAGAUAUGGUUCACUCCGAGAGGCAAAACAAAACAAGACGGCUCACAGCAAGGAGAUGGAGUGUUUAACACAUCUGGACUGACUAAUAAAACAAGAUACAGUGGAAGAACAGAGUUUUAUGACCAAGGCAAUAACUGCACACUGAAACUCAACAAUGUGACUGAAGAUGACAGUGGCAGAUUCUUCUUCAGAUUUGAGGCAAAUAAACAUAAGCAGGCCCCUCAGGGAUAUACAGGACCAUUGGGUGUGGCCCUGACAAUAUCAGUCUUAUCCCUAAAGUUAAAUGAAAAUGGCCCCGUUAAGGAGAGAGACCACGUCACCUUGGCCUGCACCUCCACCUGUAACCUUCCUCAAAUGGAGUUCCUCUGGUUUAAAGAUGGCUGCCCACUUCCUGGUGUCUCUGGUGUCCUCGGUGGGCAGUAUCCCCUAGGUCCACUUUCCUCUAAUGACACUGGGUGCUACUCCUGUGGUCUGGGGCAAGGCAUGUCUACACCAAUACUGCUGGAUGUGAGAUAUGCUCCAAGGAACGUUUCUGUUCAGGUCAGCCCGAGCCCCGAGGUAGUGAAAGGCAGUCGUCUGACUCUGACCUGCAACAAUAACGCCAACCCUGCAGCAGAGACCUACACCUGGUUUCAGAGGACAGGAACACUAACUUCACUAAGAUUAGGGAUGGGGAAAGAACACACCUUCAAAGAAAUAGAUUCUGAUGACAGUGGACUGUACUUCUGUAUGGCCCAGAAUGCCCUCGGAUCACAGAACUCUACAGAACUGGAGUUGAAAGUUAAAGAAUCAGCCCAUUUAAUGGUGUUCCUGGCAGCAUUUGGGGCUCUCUUCCUUGUCACAGCAGUGAUUGUGGUGCUCUACAUUUACAUAAAAAGACGGAAGUGGAACAGGGCCGAGAAGAAGCUUCCAACCAAACCAGUCCCCCAGUUACAGAAAGCAACCUUUUCUAGACCAGAGGACAUCUAUGAAAACAUGAGACGGUCAGCCAAGCCGAUCACUGAUCCUGAUGACAUGAAUUACACAGAGCUCAAUAUCAGGCCUGCUCCUUCACACAGGAGGCAGCUGAAUAACAAGGCAGAGGAUGAUGAUGCAGUUGUCUACAGCCAACUACAAACACAGUGAGGUGGUCAGAGAACUUUGAUAUCUAGACCUCAAGGCCUACAGUAUGGUAAACUCAAGAAAAGUGAAUGAAAAAAAGCAUGUUAAGUGACAUUUUUUAAUUAGCAAAAUACAUAGCUGUUAUACUGUAUGUGUAUGUACAAACAAUGUACAGUGUACAAUAUACAAAAUAAACAGUAAAAAAGUGGAUAAUUAUACAAAUACAAACAUAAAAUGAUUACAUGAGCACACAGGGUAUGCCAUUUAACAACAGAUUAUUAAAAAAUAAGCAUAUCAUAUUGCUCUGUAAUAUAUAAGAGCUAUGUAUAUUUCUCAUGAUUUCAACACCUGAAGAGAUGUAAUUUUGGCAGGUCGUUAUUUGUUAAUGUUAUUAUGCUAGAUUCUGUAUACUGUUAAUAUGUUAGGAUAAACAUUCCUUAUUAAAUAAUGAUAUGUCACUUACAGAUUGUUUGCAGAUUAAAGUGAAUAUAAACUUCAAUAAAUAAUGAGUUAUGAUUAAAUUAAUGAACUACGAAGGUCUCCCUGACAAAUUACAGCAGCCUUAAUGUACUGAAAUAUAACAAGAAUGUACUGAAAUAUAAAAGCAAGGAAAUGUAACACUUGAGAUUGAGAUUACACAGUGCUGGAUGAAAUUACCACCAUCUGUUGAUGUUAGACAUUACAUUUCACAGAUAACUUUCCGAAUCCUUAUUCUUUCUCAACUUGGACUGUCCUGGGAACUCUCCAAAAACAUUUAACUAAGACCCCCAACUCACAAUACUUCCUCCUUUCUACUUUGGCAUUUACAGGUUCCAUUCUUCAGAUACUAGGAUGUCACUUCCUGUUCAGUAACUCAGGCCUCUGUGGCAGGAUCUCCAAUGGGGGACAUUUUCCUGAUAAGAAAUCAUAGGUCAGGUUAGAAAUAAAACACAACUCAAUACAACUAGCCAUGGAAAUAUU